UUGAAGUUACAAUAAUAAUAAUAAGGAGCGUGUUAGAAGUGAAAAUAAUAGUGCCUAUUUAAAAAUAAUAUUAGAAAAUUAAUUUAAAGUGAUAAAGUGUAACAUUCCAUUAUAAUUAAUGUUAGAAUGAAAGAUGUGUAAUUAGCGAGGGGAAAAUCUAUGAGGCGAGUGUAGAAAUGUGUGUAUAUUUAAUCAAGAGUGUAACAAAGUGCUUAUUUUGAAGUGUAAUGCUAGAGUAGGUUAGAGUAUUGUGUAGUGUGUGUGGGUAAAAGAGAAGCAAGAUGUUGCCGGUGCCCCAGGAUCGUAUGUCUGGUCGUCGGAGCAGUUCCAUCGUCAGUAGGACGCUGCUUGGGCGCCGGGCUUCUGUCUACGUCACCGGCCAGCAUCAAGAUCCUGCUAAGCUGAUAACGGAGAUCAACGUGCAGUUGGCGUUGUUUCGCGACCUCCUAAUCCACAUUGGUCAACCACACGACUGCCCGGAGCUACGCGAACGCGUGCGUCGACUGCGCCGCGCAUGCGUAGAAGCCACUAAGACUACAAGCCAACUAGUUUUACCUAAUUGUAAAAAGUCAACGAGCGACGGGUGCGCGGAACAGCCUCAGCUGGUGCUCCUAUACUUCAUGGCACAACUCCUGCUUCGGGAGCUCGCUAAGUGCCACCGCCUUGUACAGCUUGUGCCAAUGGAUAUGACCUCGUAUUAUGAGAAUCGAGCCGGUCCGUCCAAUUUCGGCAACGUGAUAAGUCAGAUCCUGCUAUGCAAGCAGAUCACUCCUGAUUUCAACCAGGAGGAGCUCUGCAGCAUCGUGAAGGAUACGCAGGAGAUCACCAGAAUAGUUAACGAUAUACAGGAAUAUUUGCCACAGCAUGAAAAUCUCAAUCAUUUAGAGAGCAACAUCGCGUUGAAAGGUGACGACGUGAACGGACUGUGGAGGAGCAAGCGGAGAGGAUCGCUGUACAAAGGCAUGGGAGUGUUGUGUUGUGUGUCGCGGCCCAACUACCUCUGAGGGUGACAAGUCUCGCCCACGCGGCGGUUCAGUCCUGAACACACGACCAUCACCUCCCCGGUCUGCUAAGAAAUUGACUCCAGUGCAUGACAGUGAGUGACAGUGACGUACUGUGCAAAAUGAAUGGGUCCAUUACAUUGUUUAAUUAGUAAUCGAUUAGAACUGACAUGACAUGUUACGGUGGGUGAUUUAAUCGUAUUCACAUAUUGUAGUUCAAUUAUAUCUAAGUAAUUCAAUAGGAUAAGUACUGCAUACAUUCAUGCAUAGAUUUAAUUAUUAUGAAUUGCCUGGAAUGGGAUCAAUUGCGUUUAAGUAGUAUGUAGUACAAAUAAAUAGUAUUGUUUUGCACCAAAGGUCAUUGCAUUGAUGGCUGUGUUGGUUUGAUUUCCAUUUGUAUUAUUAGGUUUAACUUUUUUACACUAUUACUAUCUACGAUAUGUUUGUUUAAGUUUUUGUUUUGAGGUAGGUUUACUUCAUUUAUUAUGUAGUUUUCCAUCCCUCACUACAUUAUUUAUAACUAGAAAACUAUCUCGUAUGCUGUUAGAUAUUCAAAAUAGCCUAAUGUUUCAGUAAGUACAUACUAGUCGGGUCACAGUUUACCAUCUCUUUGUCGUACGAAUUUGUGACUUAUUUUUCUAGUCUAUUUUAUUUAAAAAUGUAGAUCUAACGUAUCUUUUUCACAGUAAAUGUAUAUAAAAUAGAAUUUAAUUUAUUGAGAUAUGGAACCAAGGGAUUCUCUCUCAUCUACAUUUAUUUGUAUUUAUUAUUUGAUACGUUUCUAGGUACAUACAUAUACGAUAUAAUACCAAAUAUUAGCUGAUAUUAGAUACUUGAAGUAUUGUAAUAAAUAAUUUUAAUAAUGGCCUAGUCAUUGUUACAUGAAUUAAUCUUGAAUAUUCUAGUCAAUUAUUGUAAUAGCAUGAAAUUGCUAAGUUAAUUAAAUUAAGCAUGCUAAACAGAAUUAAUGACUAAAUAAUAGAUUCAUUAUGUGAUCCUUAUCAAGGUCAUAAAAGAAAUUGUGAAAUAAUUACUAUCUGCUUGCGACUUUAUACAAAAAAAUUAAACAAAUGUAGGUACGUAAAUAAAAAUGUAAUUUUAUGAAUAGUCAUAACUUGAAAACGCCGGGAUGACUUCGGCGGCCAUUUUUGUUGUGUUUGGAUGCCAUUCUUAACAACAGCUUCUACCAUCCUACAUUAUUGAAAAGUUCACUAUUUAUAACAGUAAUAAUGGCAUGAACUACUACUACUUUGUACGAAGUUAUUUACUAUGCAUAUAGUUGUUAAUAUACUAAACAUGUCAUGAGCAUAUAAAGGUCAGCAGUAUCCGCAUCACAAAACAGCUAACACGUUACUUAGAGCCUGGUAGAUAUAAGAAGUUUCUACUUAUAUAUACGAAUAAACUCAAAAGUAAAUAACUCAAUACAUAAAUAAUUUUGUACAUAAACAUAUAUAUUUACCAAAUACAAAACAAUAAUAGAAAAGCUAUGUAUUCACCGUAUUUUGUCAAGCCUCACACCUCUCGAUUUAUUCUCAUACAGACUUAGUUUCCAACUGUAUAAUAAGAAUUUGAUAGCUUGUACACAUGUAUCUUAAAUCAUCAUUAUAUUAGUCAAAUGUUGCCUAAAUAUGUCUAUAUUUAAUACAUAGUUAUUCAAUAAGAUGUAAAACAAUAAGUAUGAUAUAUAUUACAAGUGGAUAUCUGUUAUAUCUACGUAAGUAUAGAUAAUGUUUAUUUGAAUGUAGUGCACUGCAAACACAGGUACCUAAUGAAUAAAUAAUUUAAGUACUGUAGAGGUCACACAAUUAGGUACACGAUAUCAUUAAUUUAUCAAAAGGCACCAGAACACGUAGGCAAAUUGUAUUGUUUCAUUACGUUUCUAUUUCAAAUUGUACUUUAAUCGUAUAGCCUAACGGUUCAAUUUGUGUAACACUAUUAUAUUAAUCCACUUGCUAAAGUGAAGACUGUGAUAUACUCGUAAUAUAAAAUUAUUAUUAUUAUAGAA